UGUGAUCCAGCAUGCAUCAAAGUCUGCAAAGAAGAGAAUGCAUAACCUAGACAGGACUAAGAUUGAGGAGCUGGCUGCACAGUUUGUGAGUAACUCAGACCUGGAUGCUUCAAAACAUUCAGUUAGCCAUCUGAACAAGAAAAAAUUGAGUGCUUCUAGUUUGAUUAUUGUGAGUGAGGAAGCAACAGUGCAGACUUCUAUAUCUGCAGCAGAUAUGUUAAUCCUAGAUUCAUCAUCAAAUUCAAUGGGAAAGGGAGCAGAUAUUAGUGAGAAAGUGAAGUUCUCCUUUCAGGAUGAGCAGCCUGCAAAUACUAUUGCCAAAGAUUUGGGCUUAAUUGCUCAUAAGCAGACAACAGGCCACUCCAAUGAGAUGAAAAAGCUGUGCAACUGUGAUCUGAAAGUUAAUGGAUGUGAAGUACAAGGAUGUUAUACAGCUACCACUGGAAAAAGUAAAAUUUCAAAUUCAUAUUUGAAUCCUGAACGUAAAGGAAAUAUUCUGAAAGCAAAUAAGCCUGCAAAUGCUGUGGUUAAAAUUAAUAGUCCUGAUACUUUGAGACAUGCAACUGGCCUCAACGGGAAGGAAAAUAGUUCUGAUUCCAAGUUAGGUGCUUUCGGACUGGCUGAAAGUCUAAAAUGUGAUAUGGAGCAAAAACUAUGUGACUUUGCUGUGAAAUCUGCACAUAAACGAGGCAUCAAAGAGUUAAAGGUUGCUUCAACUGACAAGAAAGGGACUGCAAAUUCAUUAUUUAAGGGAGAAGGGAAGAGAAAAGACUCUUUACAAGUUGUAAUGCAAAAAAAGCUGCUCUGAGCGACGAUGAACAUUCUGCCUUUAUCACUCAUAGAACUGCAGGAUGAGAGGGGAAAGGAUGAAACCAUCCAACGUAUGGAGGGAAAACCACAACUGGAGGAAGUUCAGAUGGCUGAAAUUGCUGCUAGUGAUGACAAACUUGUUAUGAAAUUGUACAUGAGGCCACAAAGAGGAAAGGUAAUGACAGUAAAGACAAAUAUGGAGUCAACUUCAGCCGGUGUCAAAGAACCUGGUUUAAAUUCUAAGGAAAAUGCUUCAAACUGAUCUUCAUUUUCAAAAGGCAAAAGGCCAUGGAAAGAUGCUAACAACCAUACUUUAAACCAUUCUUUGAGUGGGAAAAUCAUUAACACUACAGUUCAUCAUAGCCAAUGUGAAGAUGAAGAGCGGAGCGUGAUGCUGGAUGCUAGCCAGAAUACAAUGUCACUGCCACAAAAGAAAUGUAAAAAGGUUUCUAGUGUACCAAUUGUUGUGGAGAUCAGGGGUUCAUCUGUUCAAAUGAACAUGUCAAAGUUGCGUGGGGACCUAAAUAGGAGUACCCUCGACAGAUUUUGCAAAAUCAGAGGCUUAUGUUGAUUCCUGUACAAAGGGUGUGGCACCCCAGCCUUCUGAUACAAGUAACUUGAUGAAACUGAAGUUGUGUGACCUGAAGGCCAUCGCAAAAGAGCAGAAGCUAACAAAUACUGGGCCCUAAAAAAGGAAGAUCUGGUCAAACAGUUGGAAAAUCGAUUUAGUUGCAAAUGAGUACAGGAACGGCUUCUGUACAGAUUGGUUUCACUUCCCAUAUGUUUUGUUUUCUUCUUGUAGAUGUUAUAAAGAAGGCCCUAUGCUUGAAUUGCUCCAUUGUUCUGCAUCAUUGUAUGGAUCCCAAGGUAAAAUCUGUUGGUACGGUCUUGUUUGGAAAUCACAUGUUUGUUCAAUCACAUAAAAUCACACAAACAAAGAGACUUAAUCAAAUGACAGUUUCCUUUGUUCAACGUAUUUAGGCGAUGGCUGUUAUGCUUCGUAGUGACCACAACAUACCUGUGUGAUCAACAUUGUAUGUCAGGCAGUUUUCUGCUGUUUUUAUGACAAUGUUUGUCGCAGUCCAUAUUUGCAUACCAAAAUGUAAAUGAAAAUAGUUCUUAUUUAACUUUGAAGUUGGGCAUUGGACAACAAUUGUGAAUAAUUCUACACUCGAUAACAAUCUUACAUUGUAACAAGCAAUCACCCUAGUGUUUACCACGAUUAUCUUUAAUGAAAACUGAGGUGAUAACACUUCUGGUCGCACUAAGUGCACCGUUUAGCCGAUGUUUAUGUCCGUUGAGGCUCACUUUGGGCAACAAAUCCCCUUGUUUCUCUAACCAAUUCUCUACAUCUUCUAUCAAACUCCUAAUUACAGCUGCCUACUGCUCACUUCCUAUUUCCAAGUUCCCACUCCAUAAUAUUUAUCCCGACUGCCGCCUUGCUGAUCUACCUUUCAUCCAUUGGGCUGAGAGAAAAAGUUCUUACAAAAUCGAUUCAAAAUCGCAACGUUUAGUUCGGUUUGAAUAUACCUGUUGCCUUAAACGAUA